UAUACAUGUAUAGCUGCGCUGCUGCGAUGGCUUUUACUACGACUACUUCUUUAUACCUUCUUGUCCAGGGGCCCAGAAACUGGAAGUCCGGAAGACUUUGGAGAGAGAAUAUAGAACAGCUAACCAAACAGGAGCUUUUCUCUCUUUCCCUCUCUCUGAGUUAGCCUCAGAUUCAAUCAAGUUUUUAUAAAUUAUAGAUUGGUUGAUUUGCGGUGAUUAAUUGGUAAUUCGGGAUUAUUUAUAGAAAAUGUUGAGAAAUGAAAUAUAGAUUUAGCAAAUGGGGUGUGUUCUGAGUCGAGAGGUUACCUCAGGCAUAGUUCAUGAGUCUAAGGGAAGUAGGAGAGAAGCUGAACAUCGUGACCAAAAGAAGAAUUACAGUCUUGGCGCUGUUGAAUCUGGUAAUACUUUAGAUGUCGCAGCAACAACAGAAAUUGAUAACGGAAAUGCUGGGUUUGGUAAUGGUGGGUCCCAGAAGGAGGAGAAGGUGGAAGGUGUUGGAAGGCCGAGGGUUGAGAGGAGAAGAUUGGUGCUGAAUCCGAGGAUGAGUAAUCCCCCUAAGCAUAAACACGGGGAGCAAGUUGCUGCCGGAUGGCCAUCUUGGCUUUCCACUGUUGUUGGGGAAGCAAUCGAUGGUUGGCUUCCUCGACGUGCUGACAGUUUUGAGAAAAUUGAUAAGAUUGGACAAGGAACAUAUAGUAACGUGUACAAAGCAAAGGAUACUAUUACAGGUAAAAUUGUUGCACUAAAGAAGGUCCGGUUUGAUAAUUUGGAACCAGAAAGUGUGAAAUUUAUGGCCAGAGAGAUUAUCAUUUUGCGACGACUGGAUCAUCCUAAUGUUAUUAAGUUGGAGGGUCUGGUUACUUCAAGAAUGUCAUGUAGUUUAUACUUGGUGUUUGAGUACAUGGAGCAUGAUUUGGCUGGACUUGCUGCUAGCCCAGGGAUUAGGUUUACUGAAGCGCAGGUUAAGUGUUACAUCCAUCAGCUCUUAUCUGGACUUGAGCACUGUCACAGUCGUGGUGUGCUCCACCGUGACAUUAAAGGGUCAAACCUUCUUCUUGACAACAAUGGAAUACUUAGAAUAGCUGAUUUUGGGUUGGCUACAAUUUUUGAUCCUAAUCGCAAACACCCUAUGACUAGUCGGGUGGUUACGCUCUGGUAUCGGCCCCCCGAGCUUCUUCUUGGGGCUACUGAUUAUGGUGUAGGUAUAGAUCUGUGGAGCACAGGUUGCAUUUUGGCUGAAUUAUUGGCUGGGAAGCCCAUCAUGCCUGGUCGAACUGAGGUGGAACAACUGCAUAAGAUAUACAAGCUAUGUGGCUCCCCUUCUGAAGAAUAUUGGAAAAAGUCAAAGUUGCCUAAUGCAACAUUAUUUAAGCCCCGAGAACCUUACAAGCGAUGCAUAAAAGAGACAUUUAAGGACUUCCCACAAUCGUCUCUGCCACUGAUUGAUACUCUUCUUGCAAUUGACCCAGCAGACCGCAAUACUGCGACCGAUGCAUUAAGUAGUGGACUAUUUACUACAGAACCUUACGCUUGUGAUCCUUCUAGCCUCCCACAAUAUCCUCCAAGCAAAGAGAUGGAUGCCAAAAAGCGGGAUGAUGAAGCUCGAAGGCUAAGAGCUGCUAGUAAAGCCCAAGGUGAUAGUUCCAAGAAAACACGCACACGAGCUGCACGGGCGAUUCCUGCUCCAGAAGCCAAUGCUGAGCUUCAGUCUAAUCUGGACCGACGACGUCUAAUUACCCAUGCCAAUGCUAAAAGCAAGAGCGAGAAGUUUCCUCCACCACACCAGGACGGAGGACUUGGUGUUCCCUUGGGUGCUUCACAUCACAUUGAUCCUGCAUUUGUUCCUCCUGAUGUGCCAUUUAGCUCCACCUCUUUCACGUAUUCAAAAGAAACUGUUCAAAAUUGGUCAGGUCCUUUGGUAGAUCCCAUUGUAGUUGGCAAUGGGAGGCGUAAGAAGCAUGCUGCAAGUGAUGCACGAGAACCAACAAAACCCUCUAUAGGCAAGAAAGACAGAAGUGGCAACAUUCGAGUCAAAUGAAAGGAGGCUUAGUUAAUUGCCAAAAAAAUGGUUGGGCUAAGUUUUCUAGCAUACACUGAGAAUCAGAUGCAUGGGGAGUCUGAAAUUUUGUCCAUCUUUCUUACUUCAUCAAGUAUAAAGAUUUAUUUCCUUUUUGUCCUUCUCAAUUUGUUGGGAU